CACAGGGCAGUUCAUUGGUUGCGCACCAACUGCGCUGAUACAGUACGGGUGCUAUCUCAUGCCCUAGAUACAGGAUUAGAUUAGCAAAUGACCUCCUGCAAUCAAUUGACUCCCUCUACUGAUGGCAUUUGAUCCUCGGCGUGGCUCCUUCCUUGGUUGUCUUUCUAUAUUCAGAAUUGCUGGUUGAACACGACAGGCGUAUAGUAAGAAGUGAAUGGUGUCCAUGUGGCACAAACUCCAGGAGUUCUAUGACUGGUUGCUUCAAAAUGGAGAUAAGCGCACAGAUCCUUGGCUCCUGGUCUACUCCCCAGUUCCGGUCUCAGUUAUAUUCCUGUCCUAUCUGUUCAUCGUGUGGUAUGGCGCCAGGUUCAUGAAGCACAGGGAACCGGUCAAUCUAAAGGCAGUACUAAUUGUCUAUAACUUCUCAUUGGUCUGCCUGUCAGCCUACAUGUUUUAUGAGUUUUUGGUAACAUCACUGCUGGCGAACUACAGCUACCUGUGCCAGCCUGUGGAUUACAGAAACAGCGAGCUGGGAUUGCGGAUGGCAAGUGUCUGCUGGUGGUUCUUCUUUUCCAAAGUGAUUGAGCUCCUGGACACGGUUUUUUUCCUUUUAAGAAAGAAGAAUAACCAGAUCACCUUCCUUCAUGUGUAUCACCAUGCCACCAUGGUCUUCAACUGGUGGGCAGGAGUGAAAUACGUGGCUGGGGGACAGUCAUUUUUCAUUGGCAUGCUGAACUCCUUUGUGCACAUUGUGAUGUACCUGUAUUAUGGGCUGGCUGCGCUGGGACCUCACAUGCAGAGACACUUGCGGUGGAAGCGAUACCUCACCAUGCUGCAGCUGCUGCAGUUCUUUGGCAUUGCCGCCCACACUUCAUACAACCUCUUCACAGACUGCGCCUUUCCAGAUGGGUUCAACCUCGUCGUGUUCCUCUACAUCGUCAGUCUCAUCCUGCUCUUCAGCAGCUUCUACCACCAGACCUACAUCAGCAGAAAGUCAAAGCAAACCUGAUGCUUUCCUGCUGCCUUUUAUACAAAGAAAAUAUAUCCGUUAUAUUUAAAAAACAAAUUCUAUGUGUGUCGUGCAUUUAUAACUGGUUUAUUUCUGCAACAGGAUCUCAAUGGGACGAGGCUUUCAUUUUGGUUUGACAAACUGGCAGAAUUCCUGUUCAUCUGGUGAAUGCUGUGAUUACUGAAAAUAUAAUAGUACAAAAAUAACACUAGAAACCCCACUUUUUAGAAACCAAGAAAAGCAUUUUACUCAGUUUCAGGCAGUCGAUUGUAAUAGGAGACAGGCCAGCUCUGACUUGGUGCCAUAAACACUAAACAGGGAUUAGAAAGUCUCAAUUUCAAAUCUAACAGUUGGUAAAAAUAUAUUUCCAGUGUGUACAUGCGUCCAAGAAAAGGUCUGGUUGAAGAAUAAACUUCUUAAUUUAUGCAAUAAAUAUCUUAGAUAAACAAGGUGGUCACUCUACAUUUAAUAGUAAAGAUAAAAAGCAACUGAGCAACAGUCUGUUUGGCCAAGUGCAGUACGGUAUUGUUUAACUUUGAAAUUGGUAAGUUUCAUUGUAGAUGCAGUUCCGAUUCCUGACACAAGGUGGUGCUGAUAUCGUCUACAAAAAAAAAAAAAAGCGUUUUUGCUGCCUGGCGACCUAGAUCUUUUGUUGUUGUUAUUAUAUGUGGUGUUUCAAAGUAAAACAUAAUUGAGCACUGUAUAUAAAAAGGUACUGCAUUAAUGUUAGUGUUUUGGACCAACAGCAAAUAUUCUUCAAAACGUAUUAACUAAAAUGAUCCAAUAAUAGUUUUGACUGAUUAAAAAUGUCACCUAAGUACAUGUGUUGUGUGAUAGAUCAGGGUUUCAUAGACGUGUGUUCUUUUUAAGAGCUACCCAGAGUUGUGUCUCUUCUUUUCUGUCUGUCUGAGGCCUCUUCACUGCCCUUAAAAUCUGACCAAGGGCAAU